CAAGAAGUCCAACGCUCAAAACCAAACAAGCCCACCUAAAAAAUAUCAGUAUAUGUUUUGAAAAAAUUGAUCUAGAAAAUGAUAAACUUUGAUAAAGUAGAAAAUUAAAAAUUAGAAAGGGAGAAAAUCGUACCCUUCUAAAAGUCUUCUCAAGCCUGGGAACAAUAAUAACAAUAAAUAUCGAAACCUGGACGGGGGUGUGAAGAGUGAAGACAGAGGAAGCAAGAAACAAAAGAAAUGGAGAAGUCUCAGAUCUGGAUAGCCUUUGGAACCUUGGCUUUGCUAUUGGCAUCAGCCUUGGCGGACGAUGUCGUUGUACUAACCGAAGAAAACUUCGAUAAGGAAGUUGGUCAAGACAGAGCAGCUCUCGUCGAGUUCUAUGCUCCUUGGUGUGGUCACUGUAAGAAGCUAGCUCCCGAGUACGAGAAAGUUGGGGCAAGCUUUAAGAAGGCUAAGUCCAUCUUGAUUGGAAAGGUGGACUGUGAUGAGCAUAAGAGUUUAUGCAGCAAAUAUGGUGUCCAAGGCUACCCAACUAUUCAGUGGUUUCCUAAAGGCUCUUUGGAACCUAAAAAGUAUGAAGGACCACGGACUGCAGAGUCCCUUGCUGAGUAUGUGAACACUGAAGGAGGGACCAAUGUGAAGAUAGCCACAUUACCAUCUAAUGUUGCAGUGCUAAAUGCUGAUAAUUUUGAUGAGAUUGUCCUUGAUGAGACCAAAGAUGUGUUGGUUGAGUUUUAUGCACCUUGGUGUGGCCAUUGCAAGAACCUUGCUCCUACCUAUGAAAAGGUAGCUACAGCAUUUAAAAUGGAAGAAGAUGUAGUGAUCGCUAAUCUAGAUGCUGACAAACACAAGGAUCUAGCUGAAAAGUAUGGAGUAAGUGGGUAUCCAACAUUGAAAUUCUUUCCAAAGGGCAACAAAGCUGGUGAAGACUACAACGGUGGCAGGGAUCUAGAUGACUUUGUUACUUUUAUCAAUGAGAAGUCUGGCACCAGUCGUGAUGCUAAAGGGCAGCUAACUUCAAAGGCCGGUAUUUUGUCAAGUUUGGAUGCAUUGGUGAAGGAGUUUGUGGCUGCUAGCAAUGAUGACAAGAAAGCAGUCUUCUCUAAGAUUGAAGAGGAAGUUGAGAAGCUCAAGGGUUCCACUCUGAGGUAUGGAAAGAUAUACUUGAAAGCUGCUAAAAGCUGUUUGGAGAAAGGUGCUGAUUAUCCCAAGAAGGAAAUUGAGCGGCUGCAGCGCAUUCUGGACAAGUCAAUAAGCCCCGCAAAAGCUGAUGAAUUCACGCUUAAGAAGAAUGUCCUUUCCGCAUUCGCAUGAAAUUGGUAGAUCACUGUAUUUCACUUGUCUGGUGCACCGGUGGGAUUGGUUUUCCUCCCUGUGCGGGGAUCUAGUAUUUCACCCUGAUUUUAAUCUUGAGGGGAUCUUUGAGCAGCAAACAGUUGGGCCUUGAUUUGAAUUAAGCACUUGCGUGCAGUAGUAGUUAAGAACUAGUUUUUUAUGAGAACUACAACUUGCUAGAGCAGUGAUUUUGUUCGGCACAUCUUAAUAUUUACACCAGUGUUUUUCAGUGAUACGACUUCCAAUUGUUAAAUUAAAACACACUUUUUAGAGGCUCUU